GGCAUUGGGCUAAAACUCUUGAAUAUGGGCUACAGUAAUAAUUGUAAAAGGCCCAUUAAGGAGUAGACAGAAUGAAAAACCUAGAAUCCGUGUCUCGUAGUUAUAACCUAACAUCAUCUCUUUGCCAAAAACUUCUUCGCCCAGUUUCUUCAUCAACUCAGCGGCUCGUGUCUUCUUUCUUCUCUGCUUAAGAAAGCUAUGGCGUACGCACCACCACCGAUGAAGCAAGGAAAGACAGGAUUUGAAGAAACACAAGAGCAGAUUCACAAGAUCAGAAUCACUCUCUCCUCCAAGAACGUCAAAAACCUUGAGAAGGUGUGCACUGACUUGGUCCGUGGAGCGAAAGACAAGAGGUUGAGAGUUAAAGGACCGGUAAGGAUGCCAACUAAAGUUCUCAAGAUUACCACAAGAAAAGCUCCUUGUGGUGAAGGAACCAACACAUGGGACAGAUUUGAGCUCCGUGUACACAAGCGUGUGAUCGAUCUCUUCAGCUCUCCGGAUGUGGUGAAGCAGAUCACUUCCAUCACCAUUGAGCCUGGUGUUGAGGUCGAGGUCACCAUUGCUGAUUCUUAGAUGCACGUGGUUUAAUUUACAACUUCGUAUUCCAACGACUCUUAUGUCUUUUAUGUAACAGGGUUCAAAUUUCGUCUUUACUUCCUAAAUAUGUUAUCCUUUUGAUUUUAUUUUUGUUGGACAUUUUGUUUGCUGGAUGCCUGUGUUUUUCUUUUUCUAAAGCAUCGAGUCUUUAUACCAUUAAAAUAUUUAAACUGUUA